AUGUUACUCCAACUUCUUUGCCAUUUUGCCAACCCUCGUGGAUUAGAUGCUAUCGACCUCAAUGAUGAUGAUAUUGAAGAUCGGAGAAUUUUACUCCGACAUGACAAGGGGGUAGUUGCAUGUAAGAAACGAUGGUAUAAGAUCAACAAGGCUGUUGCACAAUUUGCUGGUUGCUACGAUCAAGCUAGUCGAAACAUAAGGAGUGGUUCAAACGCUGAUGAUAUAAAGGAGUUGGCCUAUAAACUUUAUUCCACAAAUUAUGGUCAAAAAUUCACUUUUGAGAGGCAUUGGAACAUGCUUAGGUUAGAGCAAAACUGGAGAAGCCAACUACCUACACAGAGUGGCGGUUCAAAGAGAACCAAGGUUAGUGCAACUGGAGCAUACUCAUCCUCAUCAAACCCAAAAACACCGUUGGCUGACGAACCCGGUGUAAACUCUCCCGUUCGUCCACAAGGAUCAAAGAAGAGCAAGCAAAAAGGUAAGGGAAGAGCACAGAUGUCUGAAGAUUUUAGCGAAAGAAAAUCAUCGGUUAUCAAAAAAUUAUCUCUCAUGGAAGAUAUUAAGAAUGUUAGAGAAAAUGAACUAAUGGAUAGAAAAAAAGAAAGAGAAGAGGAGAAGGAACAUAGAGCAAAGACUAUGGCAAUCAAAGAGAAGGAGUUACAAAUUCAAGCGGCAAUGAAAGAACAAGAAUUACAAGCUCAAGCGGCAAUGAAAGAACAAGAAUUACAAACUCAGAGACAUGUGUUCUUUCGGAUAGUAGACGCUCUCUCCAACGUCUAUCCGUAUUUUCAACAGAGGGUUGAUGCAACUGGAAGAAGAGGCUUGUCGCCACUCCAGAAAUGUACCGCUGUGAUACGGAUGUUAGCAUAUGGCGUAGGAGCUGAUGCUGUUGAUGAUUAUGUGCACAUAGGCAAUUGCACUACAAUUGAAUGCUUGGGAAAAUUUGUUGAAUAUGUCAUUUCGGUGUUUGAGGAUGAAUACUUGCGAAAACCCAAAUUAAAUGACGUACAACGCCUGCUACAAAUGGCAGAGGGUCGUGGCUUCCCUGGCAUGUUGGGUAGCAUUGACUGCAUGCAUUGGCAAUGGAAAAAUUGUCCAAAGGCAUGGAAAUGUAUGUACAUGGAUGGUUAUCGUGGGGUUGCAACCAUAGUACUUGAGAUUGUAGCAUCUUCAGACCUUUGA